GCAGUGUGCUGCCAGUCUUUGAGCUGGAGAGACACUCAGACAAACCCUGCAAACACUUUUUCUGGGGGAAAAAACAACUUUCUUUGCUUCUUUUAUUUUCUGGACUUCACCACAGAGCGAUGGCGUUUUUCCUCAGACAGAAAACUGCGAUGCUCCAAAUCUACCUCCUGGCUUUUGUCGCCGCAGUCCGAGCCCACAGCCGGCUGCUGCCAGGCUCCUGUAACUUUGAGUCCAACACCUGCGGAUAUACGUCAGACGCAGACUUUACCAGCUGGACUCUGCACAGAGACGGACAUUUUGUUGCCGUGGAAACCGCGAGCGACGACGCGGAGGGCAGCUCAGGUUCUGGUAUCGAACCAAAGAGAGAAGCGACAGGAAUCCUGCUGAGCCCGUCCCUGGAGCACGACGAGUGGAGCUGCGUGCGGCUGGUGUACCAGAUCGCCGAGUCGGGUCACAUGGAGGUUCUGAGGCGCAGCGAGGGGCGGAGCUUCGACACGCCGCUGUGGAGCAGCAGGACGCCAUCAGACAGCUGGGUCAUCGCCAGCGUGGAUCUGCACAACGCCACCGAGCCGUUCAGGAUUGUGAUCCAAGGUCGGGCUGGAGCGAGCGCAGGGAGCAGCGUGUCCAUCUUUGAGAUCCACAUCACCCCCGGAUACUGCCUGGACUGCGAUUUUGAGGAGCCUCACCUGUGCGGCUACAACAACCAGUGGAACGUGAACAUGAACUGGUACGUUGGCGGCGGCGGAGUCCAGCUGGUCCACAACGGCAUGCCGGACGAUCACACAUACCACAACAGGACAGGUCACUUCAUGUACGUCGACUCCAGCUACGCCAAGACGUUCAAAGAGGUCGCCAAGCUGGUGUCUCCCAUGGCGACGAUGCCGAUGUCCGGCUGCCUGAGCUUUCAGUACCAGCGAAGCGAGGAAAGAGGGAACAUGUUCACCGUUUUCACCCGGGACCGCCUGGGCCAGUACCAGGAGCUGUGGAGAGCCGAGCCGGACAACCGGGUCGACUUUAUCAGCCCCCCAGGAGAGUGGAUACCUGUGCAGGUGGACCUGAAGGCUCCAUACCCAGUGCAGGUGGUUUUUGAGGUGGGCUUUAACAGCCCGAGAGGCGGACAUGUUGCUCUGGACGACAUUUCCUUUUCUCCAGAGUUUUGUAACAAAGACACAGAGCCAACCUUCGAUCCGUCCAUCGCCAACUGUGAUUUUGAAUCUGGUCUCUGCCUCUACACCCAGGACCGGAGCGUCGCAUCGUCCUGGAGGAGAGUGUCGGUGAAACCCAACAUAUUCAGGAAUGGAGACCACACCACAGGGGCAG